CACCCAUUGCAGAAACUGUCGAACACCAGCCUGAAAAGGAAAUGCCUGUUCGUGGAAUUCAACAUCGCGGGAUGUGAUGAUAUGAUCCCAGUUGGAUCAAUCCACAAUUCAAAAUUACUUGCCAAAGACGUCAUCUCAACUCACAUGAAGAAUUCUGAUUUUUGGCUAAGUGUUGAAACAGUUUCAGGUAGCCUACUUUGGAAGCUUGUAUCUCACACAUGGCUCAAUCAAAAUGGAAGAUCAAGAGCUUGUUUGGAAGAUAAUGUUAAUAUGUUUACAUUGGUAUAUUUUGGAGUUCAAGGAGAUGUCUGGAAGGUCACUUUCAAAGCCCAUCAAAAAGCUACCUCAAAACAGGAAAACUGCCUAAAUUUGGCUAAGGCAGAAAACUGUUUUGAGAUACCAACUUUGAAGGCCUAUAUCUGGAGAUUGGAGAAUGAUCUUGGGCUGAUUCAAGUUGGAGGUGAAAUAGGAAGUUUUCUUAUACAAAGGCAAGGAAUUGGUUGAAUUCGAAUCAACCUAGAAGACCAUUUUUGAAGGGCUCAAAGAUGCUAUGAAGCCUGUUUUCCUAGGCAGACUUGCUUGCGUUUUAAGUAAAUUUAUUGGCCAGCAAGUUACCUUGUUUUACUAGAAUUCUUUAGCCUAUCCUGUUCUAAUUAGUUUCCUUGUUCAUCUAGGUUUGUAUUAGGUUUAUUUUCCUUUAAAUACUCUUCUAUUUUCGUUGUAAAAAUUCAGACUUUGUUGAAUAGAAAUCGAAACCGUUUGGUUUGUGCAAGUUGCGACUUGUUUUGGGUUUGGUGGAUUCCAAACUUGCUGAGCUUGUGUAUCGAUUGAAUAGUCACUUCAAUCAUGGUCGAGCAACUACCAUUCUAUACCAAUCGAGCGUUCCCCAGGUGUGGAAUCGUCCUUUUGGUUCCGUUUUAUCCAAGUUCGUAUUAAGAACGCUUCGUUCUUGAUUCGAGCUCAAUCGAAGAAGUCGUUAGCUGCGUGACUUUGAUAAAAUAGACCCCCCAGGGGCGUAUUAAGUGGUAUCAGAGCCUGGUUCUACACAAGGGCGAAGGAGAAGAAGAACCUACUGUUUCGUACAAGCAGAUUCUCGAGUUCCAAAACAGGACAGCCCCUGUUUAAGUUUUGCAGCUGCUGCUUCGUGAGAAAUUGCAAUGGAAAACUCCCUUCGAGCAAAGGAGUUGGUAGAGGGCAGUAAGGAGGAGCAGCAGGCUCGAUUUUGUGGCAUAGAGAAGUCUCCAGCAGUCGUCAUCAAGCAUAGAGAGUCCGACGAACAGCGGGACAACCUGUUUCAUAGCCGGUGUUUCGUGGACGAAAAAUUGGUGUCUCUAGUAAUCGAUGGAGGCAGCUGUGCAAACCUCGUCAUCUUUGACGCUGUCAAGAAGCUCGGAUUGACGACACAGAAGCAUCCUCAACCAUAUAGCCUCAGCUGGAUCAACGAACACGGAACGCUCAAUGUGACGAAACGAGCUUUGGUUCGUUUUAAACUCGGCAGCUAUGAAGAUGAAGUGGUUUGUGACGUUGUACCAAAGCAUAAAGCUCACGUAUUGCUUGGUCGUCCCUGGAAAUUCGACAGAAGGGUCAUCCACGAUGGCUGGGAGAAUUCGUAUACGUUUAAACAUGAGGGCAAGAAGAUCAAAUUGAAGCCUAUGUCCCCCGAUGCAGUUUUUGCCGAUUUAAAACAUAUGGAGGAGAAUAGGAACGAGGGAAAAAGUGUUCAAGCUCAGUUGUGGGUUCAACGACGAGUUGGGUUCAAUUUCAUGAGCUUUAGGAAGCCUCAGAAGGAAGAAUUCUCGUCGGAAUCUACUUCACAUAACAACCCCUGUUCUGCCCGGAAGGAACUCUGUUUUGCGCCAGUAAAAUCGAAUCUCGAGAAGGCAGACGAACUAGAGGAGUUAAAGGAAGGAUCGAGCCAGUUGGAGAGUGAAAAAGUCUUCUUCGAAGGUAUAGGACUGUCGACCAGUGGAGUUGGAGCGUCGGGGAUUCCUGAAUUUGCUCGAAUCGAGCCGUUGAUGAAUACGUCGCCAAGUUGUCCGACGUCAAAGAAACAGAACAGUGACCAGGCUCUCGUGGGCAAGCCAGCUGGGGAAGCUUCGACUUGCAAAAAUGGUACAGAAUCAUACGAAAAGACCCCAGAAUUGUUAAAAACACGCUCGAUCGAACUGAAACUGCCUGCAUUGGAGGAUUAUGCAUCCGAAAUUUCCCCUCUGUUUUCGUCAAACGGAGUCGAAGAAGGGAGCUUAUUGGGUAACACGAUGGCGCACGAAUUGACACCAACGGACAUUGCAGAAUCAUUGAAAUCCGCCCCCAAACGCUUUAAUGUCGAUCGAUUUAAGCCGAAGAGACCUGAAUAAAAAACGCCCAAUCUGGGUUUUUUGAUCCCAAACGCGACGAACAGCGAGCAAGUGGGAGGCGAAUUGGUUGCGGAGUUUGGAGAGGAUUCGACGCAAGCUAGCAAUUGGGUUCGAUUUCUGGAGUUCCAUGGAACGUGUCGGAGGCCUCAAUUCGUCCCCAAGAAGCAUCAAUCAAAAAUACCCAAUUCGGAUUUUCAUGGCCGAAAAUUUGGAGGAGAAAAGAAUCGUUCGAUUAGAGAGAUUGAGGGUGAUUCGAAGAUAUUGGAGGACGUGGAUAAGCUCGUGGAAGUCCAAGGAAGUUGUGUGAGUGAACAAUUCGUUUCAGAAAUGUCAAGAUAAAAAACCCCUAAUUUGAAUCGUGGCUCGUCGGAAUCUGGGUUUUGGUUGUCGGAUUCUGGAAAUUUGAACCUUUUUGUUGGCGGGAAAGUCGGGGCUGGUCAUUGGAGACGAAUUGAACGAUUUCGAAGCAUGGGAGAAGGUGGGAUGGACUCUUGGGAGACAUUAGAGGCUAUUGCAAGCAACGAAUUGGACCGAGGUGCCGAUGACAAGAAAUUUCCAAAUUCGAAGGUGUCGCCGGCAAACACAAGUUCGCCGGAAUCUGGAAAUUGCCCGCUGGAUUCUGGAAAAUUAAGGCAAAGUGUUCUCGGUUCGAUUGAGCCAAAUUUUUGUGUGGGUAAGGUCCAUUGGAGCCCUACAAAUCUAAUGAAGCUCAAAUCGUGGAGAACAGAGGCCAAUUUACAGGCUGGAGAAGAAUUUAAAGUUCAAAAUUUAUUGCCGCAAAGUGUGUUUGGGCAGACCUCUUUCGAUCCAAUUUGAGAUCAAUUUUGUGACGUUUUUGACAAGAAGCAGCUUCAAGCUUUGAGGUCAAAUCUUUUUGAAGAGGGAGAGCCUGAUAUGAACCCAAUUGGAUCAAUCCACAAUUCAAAAUUACUUGCCAAAGAAGUCAUCUCAACUCAAAUGAAUAAUUCUGAUUUUUGGUUGUGUUGAAACAGUUUCAGGUAGCCUACUUUGGAAGCUUGUAUCUCACACAUGGCUCAAUCAAAAUGGAAGAUCAAGAGCUUUUUUUGAAGAUAAUGUUAUUAUGUUUACAUUGGUAUAUUUUGGAGCUCAAGGAGAUGUCUGGAAGGUCACUUUCAAAGCCCAUCAAAAAGCUACCUCAAAACAGGAAAACUGCCUAAAUUUGGCUAAGGCAGAAAACUGUUUUGAUAUACCAACUUUGAAGGCCUAUAUCUGGAUAUUGGAGAAUGAUCUUGGGCUGAUUCAAGUUGGAGGUGAAAUAGGAAGUUUUCUUAUACAAAGGCAAGGAAUUGGUUGAAUUCGAAUCAACCUAGAAGACCAUUUUCAAAGGGCUCAAAGAUGCUAUGAAGCCUGUUUUCCUAGGCAGACUUGCUUGCGUUUUAAGUAAAUUUCUUGGCCAGCAAGUUACCUUGUUUUACUCGAAUUCUUUAGCCUAUCCUGUUCUAAUUAGUUUCCUUGUUCAUCUAGGUUUGUAUUAGGUUUAUUUGCCUUUAAAUACUCUUAUAUUUUCGUUGUAAAAAUUCAGACUUUGUUGAAUAGAAAUCGAAACCGUUUGGUUAGUGCAAGUUGCGACUUGUUUUGGGUUUGGUGGAUUCCAAACUUGCUGAGCUUGUGUAUCGAUUGAAUAGUCACUUCAAUCAUGGUCGAGCAACUACCAUUCUAUACCAAUCGAGCGUUCCCCAGGUGUGGAAUCGUCCUUUUGGUUCCGUUUUAUCCAAGUUCGUAUUAAGAACGCUUCGUUCUUGAUUCGAGCUUAAUCGAAGAAGUCGUUAGCUGCGUGACUUUGAUAAAAUACACCCCCAGGGGCGUAUCAUGUGACAAAGCGCUGAGUGUUCAGAUCAUAUAUGAGAUAUCCUCGUUGACUUGUCGCAUAGCCUAAGAAAAUACAUGUCUGCCC